AGAAAAAGGCAAAUUAAAACAAAAUAGAGAUUGGAAAGUAAGCAAUUAACCAAAAACCUAAACAAAAAUUGACUAUAAAACAUCUAUACAAACUCUCUCUCUCAUCAUCACUUGCUCUACUCUCACUUCCCACCACCCACCUCUCUCCUACUUCUCUCUUUCUCUCUCUAGUCUAGUGCCACAAUACUUUCUGUUCUCUUCUACCUUGCUAGAAAGAAAACAGCAAGUAUUGUUUGGCACAAAACUCAGAAGAAAGAAGAGAUUUAUACAUACAUAAAUUUAAAAAAAUUAAUAAAAAUAUCCCCCAAAUCAUCCUCUCAAAAACUCCAUUUCAUCCACAUUGUCAAUUUCUCAAGAAAUUACUCUGCUUUUUGUAAAAUCCCCUGUUUUUUUAGCCCCAAAUCCCCUGUUUUGAACCCAAAAAUCCCUUCUUUUUUUUAGCCCAAAAUCCCCUGUUUUAGGGGUAAAAAUGGCGGAUUUAAUCCAAGAUCAGCUGUUACAAGCAAGGGGAGAUUUAUCAUUUCAAUUAGGAUUAAUGUGGGAAACAAUAAAAGCACCAUUAAUUGUACCAAUGCUUAAACUUGGUGUUAUUAUUUGUUUAGCAAUGUCAUUGAUGUUGUUUAUGGAAAGGCUUUAUAUGGGUGUUGUAAUUGUAUUGGUUAAGUUGUUUUGGAAGAAGCCUGAAAAACGUUAUAAAUGGGAAGCUUUACCAGAUUCUAUUGAUGAUAUUGAAACUGGCGGCUCAAAUAAGUUCCCUCAUGUUCUUAUUCAAAUCCCUAUGUUCAAUGAAAGAGAGGUGUACAAAGUAUCAAUUGGUGCGGCUUGUAACCUUUCAUGGCCGGCUGAUCGAAUGGUGAUCCAAGUACUUGAUGACUCAACUGAUCCGGUUAUCAAGGAUAUGGUGGAAUUAGAAUGCCAAAGAUGGGCUAGCAAAGGGCUUAAUAUAGUGUACCAAAUUAGAGAAAAUCGUGUCGGUUACAAAGCUGGUGCUCUUAAGGAAGGUUUAAAGAGGGACUAUGUCAAGCAUUGCGAGUACGUUGCAAUUUUUGACGCUGAUUUCCGGCCGGAGCCCGAUUAUCUCCGACGAGCAAUUCCAUUCCUAAUGUACAACCCUGAAUUAGCUCUUGUUCAAGGACGGUGGAGAUUUGUGAACGCAAACGAAUGCCUAAUGACGAGGAUGCAAGAGAUGUCACUAGACUACCAUUUUAAGGUGGAACAAGAAGUGGGGUCUUCAACUCAUGCCUUCUUUGGAUUCAAUGGGACUGCUGGUGUAUGGAGGAUAGCUGCCAUUGAUGAGGCAGGAGGGUGGAAAGAUCGAACUACGGUUGAGGACAUGGAUCUUGCUGUUCGAGCUAGUCUUCGUGGAUGGAAAUUUGUUUAUCUCGGUGAUCUUCAGGUUAAAAGUGAAUUGCCAAGUACCUUCAAGGCUUUCCGCUUUCAACAACAUCGAUGGUCUUGUGGCCCUGCUAAUCUCUUCAGGAAAAUGGUCAUGGAGAUUAUCAGAAAUAAGAAUGUGAGAUUCUGGAAGAAAGUGUACACAAUCUACAGCUUCUUCUUAGUGAGAAAGAUCACAGCUCAUAUGGUCACCUUUUUCUUCUACUGUAUUAUUCUGCCUUUGACAAUACUCAUUCCUGAAGUCGAAGUCCCGAUUUGGGGAUCAGUUUAUAUCCCUUCAGUUAUCACCAUCCUCAACUCUGUUGGAACUCCAAGGUCAAUUCACCUACUGUUUUACUGGAUCUUGUUUGAGAAUGUGAUGUCCUUGCAUCGGACUAAGGCCACACUCAUUGGCCUCUUUGAAGCAGGCAGGGCAAACGAAUGGGUUGUCACUGAGAAGCUCGGAGAUUCUCAGAAAAACAAGGGGAAUGCCAAAGAGAAAUCAGCCGGGGUAAAAGCUGCAGUAAGGAAAGCGCGAUCCAAGAUCCUAGACAGAAUGAAUUUCUUGGAGUUGAUAGUUGGAGUAUUCCUCUUCUCCAUCGGAUGGUACGAUUUUCUAUAUGGCAAGUGGAGCUACUACGUUUACUUCUUCCUCCAAAGCAUCACCUUCUUCAUCGUUGGCUUUGGCUAUGUUGGCACCUUCGUAUAGUCUUGUUCAAUCCUUCAAGAAAUGUCACUCUAUGGUCUAAUCAAAUACCACAUUUGCACAAAUUUCAUGUUGUCGCUUUCCUAUAAACAUUGGAUGCUCGUUUGAUUGUGCAUAAACAGUCGUGUUUAUUGCAUUCGACAAAUUGUUAGUGCAAGUGUCUUAUCUUAUUGCACGACUUAAAUGGGUCGCUGUAAUAAUCCAGAAAUAUAUAUAUAGGAUCAUUUUUCUUUGAAUCGCGACAUAGCAUUCAGAAAUCAGAAGCACAACGAGCAGGAAGAAGAGCAUAGAAGGAAUAGAGAAACAGAUGAAUGAUUGUUUUUUUUUUUUUUUUUUUUUUUUUUUUUUUGGCUGGAAGAUGUUUGGAAUUUCUGUGGAAUCACAAGUAUUUUAGUUAUUGUAUGUUUGUUUAUCAUGAUUGUUAGUUUUGUUAAGGAGUUGUAUGGUAAAAAACAAUAAGAUUAGUAUAGUAUUGUCUAAGUUAUAGGGUACUACAAGAAGUUCUACAAGAUUUGGAGCAAUAUAUUGAUAAAUGUCAGUAUAGUUCAUUCAGUUAAUUCACUCAAAAUGGUUGUAAUCUAGCACUUUUUUAAGGCAAUAUAUCCCGGAAAUUGACCUUUGUUAAUUUUGGUU